AUGAGUACCGCUAGAGACCAGACCAGCUCGCGCAUUCCGCUCAGUGUCAAGAACAUUCCGACGCAAGAUUCACUUUCGCGCGAUGCUCCCCUGCUCAGGAAGCCCGUGCCGCAACAGCCUCUCAAGAAUGCCAUGACCAGCGGAGCAAUCUCUUUCUCUCGUCCCCGCACAACUAUUUCGCGGCUGCCCAGCUUUGCGUCGCGAUCACACCUUGGUCUCGACCGUUCAAACCAGGAGAAUGUUGCGCAUGUGCCUGCCGCGACAACCCCGAAGAAACGUGCGAUACCCAUAGACGGGCUGCAUGCACGCAAUGUGGUGAUCGAUAGCCCCAGCAAGCGCAGCCGCUCUUCCAGAACAGGCACCGACAGCAGCAACACCGAACAAAGCGUAGGAGCCGCUCUUGCCAAUGAUCUCAAUGGCAUUCGCGUCAAUGAAUCGCGACGCUUGUCCCAUUCUGCCAAAGUAGCUGCCUCUGCUGCACACCAGAGAUGUCCACAGCAAGCCGCCACUCGUGAGCCUUCAGUGGUGAGGACCAACCGAAUUAUUCACGAUCCACCAGAGGAAUUUGCUGUGGAAGCACGCAGACGUCAGAGUGAAUACGAGAUUUGGCGUCAGAAGUUUCUUCGGGCCUUCCCGAACUUCAUCUUCCACUUCGACUCGGUGGACGAUGGCACGGCUCGGAAGUACACCACCCUCAUCCAAAAGCUUGGCGGUCAUGUUGAUCAAUUCUUCUCGAGAAAAGUUACGCAUCUCAUCACCACUCGACGAAUCCCAGAUGGAGCUGCUCCGGAAGAGACAAAUGUGAAAGAGGUCUCGGGCGUAACCCAAAAGACGAGCACACAUAAGCUGUUUCGACCUAGCUUCUUAGCGGCACGCACAUCUUCAACCAAGACGAGCGCGAAUGCGGCCCGUGCUCGCCCCAUUCCCCUCUACUCGGAACGCAACCCACUCCAAGAACGCCCCGCCCGCCAGUACGGUCCAAACGACAUUCUCGUCAAGGCACAGGGUUUUGGAAUCAAGGUCUGGCAAUUUGAAAAGCUCCAGGACGUUUUGAUGAGGCUAAUGAAGCUCUCGCCUCGCGAUCUCGACACGCCCGCCAGCACCAAGCAGGAUCUUUCGCAGAUGCUCGAGAAGGAAAAGGUCCUGGGCACAUUCGAGCGCGAUCCAGCCACCGCCAGAUCGUCUUGGCACUACUUUGAAAAGUCGGCGUUCUACGUCUUGGUCGAGGACGCUACCCUCGAGCACCGUCCGAUCAUGAACGUCAAGUACAAAUAUACCCGUGAGCAAAAAGGGCAAGGCUCACUUCCACCUUGGCCCGUGAUUUACGGCCAGACGCCUGGGCGAUGUCCCUUCAGCUACUAUCCCCCGAGAAGGACCACACACAAGCAAGAGGAUGGCAAGGGUCAAUCGGCUCCCCGACCGCUCGCACAGCAAAGCCUUCGCAGAGCUGUCUCGCUCAACAACAUGGCUCGACCCAUCCUUGGACCCCCGUUCCGUCCCCAAAUCGUCCCCAUGUGCACCAACGACACGAGGCGACAGGAAUAUCCUAUGGCUUCUGGCAACAGUGUCUCGAUCACGUCCAACAUUGCAUCCACUACUUCGACCAUUUUCACGGAUCAACAGAACGGAGCCACUGUGGGCUUGCCUCAGAACCGUCGUGUCGCUGAGCUGAACCGCAGAAUGCACACCUCGAAUGCGCUUGUUCGUCCACCGCGUGCGCUGAAUGCUAGCCCAGCGAGCGUGAUGACAGGCAGCGCUGCGAGCGGUCUCGGCGUCCGUCGUGAUGGUGGUAGCUCUAAGGCUGGAAGCCCGGCUCUUCAGCGCGGCAACGCAGAACAAGGCGCUACGGUCCGAAGGAUGCUCGGACUGGAGGACAAUGAGCGCAGAGCAGAAGUGAGCGCCGUUGGCGUUGGUGGCGGCCUCCAACGUAGCGUAAGCGCCAGCGCAGUCAACAGGCCCGCUUCUGCCAAGAAGGCAGGCUACUGCGAGAAUUGCCGCGUCAAGUAUGACGACUUCACCGAACACAUCUAUGACCGAAGGCACCGCAAGUUCGCAACUACCGACUCUCACUUUGUCGACAUUGAUGCUCUCAUCAUGCGCGUUCAGCGACCCAUCCGCUCGGUGUCGGAAGACGAGAUGUCAUCAGGCUUCUUUGGCUUUGAGGAAAUCCCUUCUUCACAGCCUGAGGAGCAACAAACUUAUUUUGAAUCAGAAGAGGAAAGUGUUUCUGCUGGAUCGCUCGAGCUGGAAGGCACGAGGUUUGAUGGAAAUCCAAGCGACGAGCGAGAUAACGACGAGCAAGCUCGUUGA